AUGGCUACACACGCCUCACCUCUCCCUCCUUUCGACACAGAGACCGAACCGAAUUCUGUUGGACCUCGUUGGAACAAGUGGUUACAGAGAAGGAAGAGGAAGGGGAAGAAGAAGGAAGAAGAAGAUAGAAAAGGGAAGAAGAGGAAAGAAGAAGGGGAAGAAGGGGAAGAAGAAGAGGAAGAAGGGGAAAAAGGGGAAGAAGAGGAAGAAGGGGAAGAAGGGGAGAAGGGGAAGAAGAGGAAGAAGGGGAAGAAGAGGAAGGGGAAGAAGAGGAUGAAGGGGAAGAAGGGGAAGAAGAGGAAGAAGGGGAAGAAGAGGAAGAAGGGGAAGAAGAGGAAGAAGAGGAAGAAGGGGAAGAAGUGA